AUGCUAGAGGACUCUCUAAGACGCGUCAACUUGCGAGCCGGCCUCGGUGGUCUAGCGACCGCCAUCGCGCUCGCACGAAAACAGCACCGAGUCACCAUUUACGAGCAGGCCCAUCGACUAGCCGAGGUGGGUGCCGGCAUCCAAAUUCCUCCGAAUUCAACUAGACUAUUGCUACAACUCGGCCUGAGUCCCUACUUAGAAAAGUAUGUCAACGAACCAGAAAGUAUUCUGAUGCGUCGUUGGCAGACUGGCGAUGUCAUUGGCCGGACGAGGCUCGAUUCACAAUUUCGAGAGCAGUUUGAUGCACCCUACUGGGUCAUCCACCGAGCCCAUUUUCAUGAAGCUAUGCAUGAAUUGGCUAUGGAUUUAGGGGUGACUGUGAAUCUGGCAUCUAAAGUUGUUUCCUACGAUGUGGAUACGCCGAGUAUCACCCUUACAGACAAAUCAACCGUUUCGGCGGAUCUGGUGGUCGCUGCUGAUGGAGUCAACUCCGCUGCUCGGCAAGUAGUUCUGGGAGGAGCCAAUCACCCACCCCAAAGGACGGGAUUUGCUGCGUACCGUGCAGUGGUAGAUAUUGAGCGCAUGAAAGCAGACUCAGAUGUGGCUUGGAUACUGGAUCAGCCGGCAUUUAAUCUCUGGCUCGGAGAUAAUAGACAUGUCAUGACUUAUGUGAUUGGAGCCGGAAAAUCCUUCAACAUGGUCCUGUCACAUCCCGAUGACUCUGAUGGGACCGGCUGGAACCAGACUGAAGAAGAGACCCUUGCCAAUAUGCGGAAAGAAUUUGAAGGAUGGGAUCCAGUGUGA